AUGGCACCGUUAAAGGUCCUUAUCAGUGGCGCAGGCAUUGCCGGCAACGCUCUUGCUUUCUGGCUUUCAAAAAUGGGCCACGACGUUACGGUCAUCGAGCGGUUUCCAACCCUGCGCGCCACAGGCCUGCAGAUUGAUCUGCGGGGACAUGGUAUCGAGGUUAUGCGACGAAUGGGUCUCGAGCAGUCAUUCCGCGAAAAAUCGGUGCAAGAGCAAGGCUUGGAAGUUGUUGACCGCUCCGGCAGGCGAAAGGCCUAUUUUCCGGCGAACAGGUCAGGCAAAGGGAUACAGAGCUUCACCACCGACUUUGAGAUACUGCGGGGAGAUCUAUGUCGACUUUUGUACGGCGCCACCGUUGACCGCGUCAAGUACGUCUUCGGAACGAGUCUCGAAAGUAUCAAUGACAAUGACGGCUUUGUCGAGGCAGUCUUUUCAGAUGGCCGGAAAGAAAGGUUUGAUUUCAUUGUCGGUGCGGACGGCCAGGGAUCGCGCACUCGGAAGUUGAUCCUCGACUGUGACGCUGCGGACCCUUUCCAUCCCCUCGGAGUCUAUAUAGCGUAUUUCACGCUCCCUCGGCCCAUCGGAGGGGAUGAGUACCUUGCUUCUGUAUACAUCGCUCCUCAAAGGCGGUUUGUGGCCAUGCGCAGGCACAAUCCACGUGAGAUUCAGGUGUACCUCGCCUGCAAGCCCGAUUCGGACCGACUGAAGAAUGCGAAGAAGGGUGACGUCGUGGAAGAAAAGCAUGGUUUUGCGGAGAUCUUUCGCGGUGCAGGGUGGCAGACAGACGAUAUCCUCGAAGCACUCGAGUCUGCUGAUGACUUUUACUGCGAGCGACUGGGAGUAGUCAAGUUGGACUGUUGGUCGCGCGGCCGUGUGGUUCUCCUGGGAGAUGCAGCAUUUUGCCCGUCGGCAACCACUGGCAUGGGCACCACCUGCAGCCUUGUCGGUGCUUAUCUAUUGGCUGGCGAGAUAGGAAAUUAUUGCAGGAGAGGUUCUGGGGGAGAUGCCGAUGGAACUGCGACUAAGGAUGCUCUGUCCAGCGCGUUCAAGGCGUAUGAAGAAACCUUUCGACCUUUCAUUGACCAGGUCCAAAGGGGCUUAUCGGAGGGUUCUAGUUUUUGGGACCGAGUUCCAUCAACAUCCUUCGGUAUUGCUGUUCUCCAUUUCCUCCUCGCUAUAGCGUCAUUCUUCAGAUUGGAUGUCCUGGCCAGGUUUAUCCUCCGCGAAAAUGUACAGGGAUGGGCACUCCCGGAUUACGAUAUGUUGUAA